AUGUGUCCAAUAAAUAAUGGUAGUGUAAUCGAUGCAUGCCUACUUAUAAACUAUUAUGCUUACUCGGUUGUCAAUAAUAAUCAAAUCGCAUUACCCAUUUUAAUUGAAGCCAAUGCGGCCUGCGGUGAUGCUUGUUCCUCAAUAUCAACUUCGUGUUCGCCAUCGUGUACAACGUGUAACGGACAACAAGUAGCGGGUGCCGAUACGCCCGUUUCUCGUCGAUAUGACAUGGGUGCAAGUUCUGGUACUUUCAAGUUUGACUACAACACCUUUACUAUUAAAGACCGAAUCAUGGUUGGAAUGAUGCAAAUCUACUUUUUGAUACUGGCUGUGUCGGUGCAAGUGGUACAGUCAAUAUUAGCUACUCGAGCACUUCAUCGAGCAUACGCGUUGAUGUUGAACCAGACUGUGACUGCACCAACAGCCACGGGUGUACUGGAACCUCUUGGUGGUUCACCGUUAACUGUUUAG